UAGAUAACAAGUAACUACCGUCUGUACUGUAUAGUCUGUAUAGAUGCACUAUGUCUGUUUGUGUUUGUUUCUUUCAUUAUUGUAGUUUUUAUUAUGUUUUGACGAUUUACGAAUCUGUUGUGUUUUAAAAAUUCAGGAUCGAAAGUUAGUAAACGGUCUGAAGUUCUGAAAUUAAUUAUAUGACCAAUACCUAGAUAUAUUAUACUAUUCAAGGCCGUUUUAUAAUAUAUUUUUAACAUUGAUGAUUGAUCUCCUUGAUGUUGUCCUCAUUGCGUUUGAAUCGAAUAAAAUAUACCUAUAUAUAAUCUUGAAAUGAUUUAAAUUAAAAAUAUUGAUUUUUGAUCGAAGAACUUCCCUACAAAAUUAAUUAUGGCAGAUACAAAAAGGUCUAAUUUAACGGCAUUGAAUGGUCUGUCAUUAAAUGCAUCAUUAAAAUCCAAUCCUACAAAAAAGCUAGUAGUGAAAAAUCUCAGAAAGAAACCGAUGUUACCUGACAAUUAUCAGGAACAAACAUGGAAGAAGUUACGCGAGGCUGUUAUUGCCAUACAAACUUCAACUGCUAUUCAAUAUACCAUGGAAGAGUUGUAUCAAGCUGUAGAAAAUAUGUGCAACAAUAAUUUGGCUGCAGCAUUGUAUAAUAACCUUAUUGAGCUUAGUGAAACACAUGUAAAAAUAUUAUUGAAUUUUACUGAAGUAACAAAUGAUAAAAUCAUAUUUUAAAAAGUAAACCAUCAUUGGUCAUCACACUGUGAACAAAUGUUAAUGAUACGCAGUAUAUUUCUAUUUCUGGACCGAACUUAUGUACUUCAAAAUCCUAAUGUUAACUCCAUUUGGGACAUGGGCUUGAAUUUAUUCCGUCAUCAUAUCAUGUUAAACACUAAUGUUCAAAAUCGAGCAGUUGAUGGUUUGCUUCUACUCAUAGAAAAAGAAAGACAAGGUGAUAUGGUAGAUAAAACAUUGCUAAAAUCAUUGCUUAGAAUGCUCUCUGAUUUAAAAAUUUAUCAAGAUGCUUUUGAAGGAAAGUUCCUACAAGCCACUGAACGUCUUUAUGCAACUGAAGGUUUACGAUUAAUGCUUGAGCUUGAAGUUUCCGAAUAUUUGUAUCAUGUUGAGAAGCGUUUAAAUGAAGAAAAUGAACGUCUCAUUCAUUAUUUAGAUACAUCUACAAAGUGGUCACUUAUACAUACUGUUGAAAAACAAUUGAUAAGCGAACACGUUAGCUCCAUAUUACAAAAAGGAUUGGAACAAUUGCUCAAUGAGAAUAGACUGGACGAUUUAAAGUUAAUGUACAGCCUGUUGACACGUGUAAAAAAAGGACUUUCAGAGCUCUGUAUAAACUUUAAUUCUUACAUAAAAAAAUAUGGGCGAACUAUUGUUAUAGACCCAGAAAAGGAUAAAACAAUGGUGCAGGAAUUAUUAGAUUUCAAAGACAAAAUGGAUGUUAUUGUUAAAAAAUGUUUCCAAGCAAAUGAGAAAUUUGGUAACAGUUUAAAAGAAGCAUUUGAAAAUUUUGUUAACCAACGAACAAAUAAACCUGCUGAGCUUAUUGCCAAAUUUGUUGACUCUAAACUUAAAGUUGGAAAUAAAGAAUCUACAGAAGAAGAGCUAGAGAAACUCUUAGAUAAAAUUAUGGUUCUGUUUCGGUUCAUUCAUGGCAAAGAUGUUUUUGAAGCUUUUUACAAAAAAGAUUUAGCUAAAAGAUUGUUGCUUGGGAAAUCUGCGAGCGUGGAUGCUGAAAAAAGUAUGCUGUCCAAAUUAAAACAAGAAUGUGGUGGAGGGUUUACAUCCAAACUUGAGGGCAUGUUUAAAGAUAUGGAGAUUAGUAAAGAUAUAAAUGUGGCUUACAAACAGUAUUUGGCACAUGUUAAAGAUAUUCAACUCUCUGUUAUUGACAUGACCGUCAAUAUAUUGACUAUGGGGCACUGGCCAACUUAUGUCGUAACAGAAGUGGCCAUGCCCAACGAAAUUAUUGAAUACCAAGACUGUUUUAAUAAGUUUUACCUAGCCAAACACAAUGGAAGAAAAUUACAGUGGCAGCCAACUCUAGGUCAUUGUGUAUUGCGUUCUCAGUUCAAGCAGGGUAAUAAAGAGUUACAGGUUAGCUUGUUCCAAGCAAUGGUGCUGUUGUUGUUUAACGAAUAUCAAACUCUCCCUUUUAAAGAAAUAAAAACUGCGACCAACAUGGAAGAUACUGAGUUGAGGAGAACACUGCAGUCGUUGGCAUGUGGUAAAGCAAGAGUGUUGAUAAAGGUGCCCAAAGGACGGGAAAUAGGUGAUAUUGAUCAGUUUUCCAUCAACAAUGAUUUUUGUAAUAAGUUAUAUAGAAUUAAAAUCAAUCAAGUGCAGAUGAAAGAAACAAAUGAAGAGCAGAAGGCAACUGAAGAACGAGUCUAUCAGGAUAGACAGUACCAAAUGGAUGCAGCUAUUGUGAGGAUAAUGAAAAUGCGCAAGUCACUCAUGCAUAAUCUUUUGAUCAGUGAACUGUUCAAUCAGCUCAAGUUUCCUGCCAAGCCAGCUGAUUUAAAGAAACGCAUAGAGUCUCUUAUUGACCGAGACUAUAUGGAAAGAGACAAAGAUAAUCCUAAUCAAUAUAAUUAUAUUGCAUAAUUUUUUUUUCUGAAAAUAUGUUGCUUUCUUUAUAUAUUUUUAAUUAUGUCAAUGUAUAUUUUCAAAUUUAUAUGUGUGUAUAUAAUGUAUUUAUUUAUAGAGAAAAUAUACUGACAAGACAAAUGUUUACGGUCCUUAAAUAUUUUCCCAAUAUUUUAGUGAAAUGAUCGCACGAUAAUAACAGUCUGGCUGUUGGACAAUAGUACUUAUCUUGUUUUUAUAUUAGUAGCUUAAUACAGUAAUGUCUUUUCUUAUGGAAUACGUUUUCUUCUUUCUAUUUUAAUUUAGCAUCUAAUCCAUGUGCCGACUUUGUUUAAUUUGGAUUUUUAUUUUGACAUAGUUCACUUAUCUACUGUGUUUACCUCAGAUAUAUUAAAUACAUUUUAUUAAUUUAAGAAGAUCAUAAAUGUUUGUGAAUAUUAUAUUUUAUAUUGUUAAAAUUAAAAUUAAAAAAAGUAAUAUAAAUUACUUUUUGUAUGAAUAUUGUAAAAUUGUUGUAAAAAUAUGAAAAGUUCAUAGUUAA